UAGUUCUCUUUGAGGAGUCAAAAAGCAGACAGCUCAUGACUUCUGAUCAGGACACUAAAGUUGUGGCUGAACCGCAGGUGCAGCAAGUGCAAGAAGUUAAGGACAGUUUUCAUCUGGAGCCAGCCAAGGUUUCAGAAUUAAAUCCUAAUGCGAAAGUGUGGGGGAAUCACAUGGUACACGUGGAAGCAAGUGGUACUGAAGGGGGUGUGAACAAACCCUUGGAAGAAAUAACAGAUCACCCACCAGAUUCCUGUAAAGAAGCAUUAGAGGCCAAUGGUGAUGGUGACAAAAAACACCAGAACGAAUCGUUAACAAAACAUCAAGAACCAUCACUAUCUGUUCCAUUAUCAAAUCAAACAGAUAUGAACCCUUUGGCUCUAGAUCAUGCAGAGUACGAAACUGUACAUGAAAAUACUGAGAAAGGAAGUAAAGAACAUCUUCGGCCAGAAGGUCAAGAACAUUUACGUGAAGUGCUUAAAAAAACACUGGAGUUCUGCUUAUCAAGAGAAAAUCUUGCCAGUGACAUGUACCUUAUAUCUCAGAUGGACAGUGAUCAGUAUGUGCCAAUAAUAAUACUAGCUAAUCUUGAUCACGUCAAAACGUUGAGCACAGAUAUGGAUUUGAUUGUUGAAGUGCUACGAUCAUUGCCUUUAGUCCAAGUAGAUGAAAAAGGUGAAAAAGUCAGGCCAAACCAAAAUCGCUGCAUUGUAAUUUUGCGCGAAGUACCUGAAUCCACUCCAAUUGAAGAGGUUCAAGCACUCUUCAAAGUUGAAAACCUGCCUAAGUUUAUCAACUGUGAGUUUGCCUAUAAUGACAACUGGUUUAUUACAUUUGAGUCUGAAGCAGAUGCACAACAGGCUUACAAAUACCUAAGAGAAGAUGUGAAAACUUUCCAAGGAAAACCAAUUAAGGCAAGAAUAAAAGCAAAAGCAAUAGCUAUAAAUUCAUUUUUGCCAAAGAAUGGAUACAGACCUGUGGACAUGAAUAUCUACACACAACAGCGUUAUACAACAUCAUUUGCAUACUUACCUCCAGUAUACGGACCCCAACAGCAAUUUCCACUAUAUAGUUUAAUUGCGCCACAGGCCUGGUCUACAACACACAGCUAUAUUGAUCCAUCAUUGGUUGCACCAUUUCCAAAUACUGGAUUUAUCAAUGGAUUUACAGCUCCUUCUUUCAAACCAAUUACUGCUCCACUUGCUACUCUUAGGCACUAUACACCAAGAACCAGAAAUCCCAGCAAAUCAUAUCUACGGCAUACAAUUCCUACUGUAGACAGAGGGACUGGACUGCUAGAGAGCCCUACAAUAUUCAAUCUUUCUGCUGACCGAUUAAUCAACGGUGUCAGAAGCCCACAAACCAGGCAGCCAGGACAAAACAGAACACGGAUGCAAAGUACUACAAGCUACAUAAAGCGAGAUGUAGGGAGCGGGCGAGUAGAAUCCAUGGCUUCAGAUUCAUCCUCCAGCUUAGGCAGAGGAAGAAAAAACUUUUACGGCUAUCGAAAAAAGAGAGAUGACAGGUUUGUGAGAGGACAAAUGCUGUCUCCACCCCCUAUAAAACCACCAUCUCCGAGUUUUGAGCUGGGCUUGUCCAGUUUCCCUCCCUUGCCUGGAGCUGCUGGCAAUCUAAAGACUGAAAAUUUGUUUGAAAACCGGUUGUCAAAUGUGAUUGUGUCAUCACAAGAAAAAGGCAUCAGUGUAGGUACAAAUACAAUACCAGCUGGAAUUCCUCGUGAGCCUUCUUUGCCAGUUUCUUCUGCUCUGCUAAGGACAUCUGAAAUAUCUCCUUCCCGAUCACAAGCUCCUAAUAAUUCCAAAGCUGUGGACAAGCAGAAAGAAACUCGAAGUACUCAAAGACAUUGUUGCAUUGUUACUACUGCUUCUAAAUCAGUACAAGUCAAUGGUGAUCUUCUAGCACAGGAACGGCGGAAACCUAGUUAUGCAGAAAUCUGCCAGAGGAUCAGUAAGGAGUCAGCUCCGUUGCAGUCCCCAAAAGAACAGAAGCCAAACACAGUUGGUUGUGGGAAAGAGGAAAGGAAGCCCACAGAAACACUAGAAAGAAGCAAAGAAUUGAAAUCUAAAGACCAGUGGAGACCAUCAGGACCCAGGUCUCCUCUUCCUCCAGCUACUGGGAAACGUCUGACUAAAGAACAGAGCACUUCUCCCAAAUCUCCUCAGUGAAAUUAGCACUUAGGAUGAAUUUCAAGAGGUUUUCACUAUGAAGUUACCCCAUGUUGACACUCAGAGUACAAAGGAGUUGCUGGUUAAAAGCUUGCAGGAGUUAUGAAGUAUAUGAAAAGCUUGCUAGGUUUUUUUCAUUGUUGUUUGUUGUUAUUGUUUAUUUCUUGUAAAAUAGUUUUUUUUUCCCUUAUCUUUUCUUACAUCCUUAUCAUCAAAUUCUCCUUGAGUAAACAAACAGUCAACUCUGUCAGGGUUUAAUUAAACUUUAUGUUAGGUUGGUGCUGAACUUAAGACGAUGCCUAAAA